AUGGAAGAUAGGAAAGGAGAUGUCAGAGUAUAUUUGAUCUCUGGGUUCUUUUUGGCAUGCACCAUUGGAGGAGUCUCCCUCUCUGCGAUUACAGAGCUCACAAUCAUGGAAGACGGGGUUUUUCCUCUCUCUGAUUACCAGGGUCUCACUCAGCUCUGCGAUUACGGAGCUCACGGUCACGGAAGACGUGUUUUCCCUCUCUCUGAUUACCGGGGUCUCACUCAGCUCUACGAUUACGGAGCUCACAGUCACGGAAGACGUG